GCGCCCGCCUGGGUGGGUGGGGCGGGGAGGGUACCUGAGGUCACCUGCUCCGCGCGAGAGGCAGAGGCGGCCACGGCGGUGGCAGAACUGCAGAGCUGCGGGGUCCAUCUGACUCUUACCCUCAGCCCGGGAAGUAACCAAUGUGAAACAUGUUGCAGAAACAUCCAAGAAGUGGCUGAAGGGGAAAGGAAAAAAGUGCCACAGCCUAUCAGAAAAAAACAAAAGAAAACAUGGGAAAUACAACCACCAAAUUCCGUAAAGCACUCAUCAAUGGUGAUGAAAACCUGGCCUGCCAAAUUUAUGAAAACAACCCUCAGCUGAAAGAAUCUCUUGAUCCAAAUACAUCUUAUGGGGAGCCCUACCAGCACAAUACUCCAUUACACUAUGCUGCUAGACACGGAAUGAAUAGAAUACUAGGGACUUUUCUUUUUGGUAGAGAUGGAAAUCCAAAUAAACGGAAUGUGCACAAUGAAACGUCUAUGCAUUUGUUAUGUAUGGGACCUCAAAUUAUGAUAUCUGAAGGCGCCCUUCAUCCUCGCUUAGCACGGCCCGCAGAAGAUGAUUUCAGAAGAGCAGAUUGUCUGCAGAUGAUCUUAAGGUGGAAAGGAGCAAAACUUGACCAAGGAGAAUAUGAGAGAGCAGCUAUUGAUGCCGUUGAUAACAAAAAAAACACACCCCUGCACUAUGCCGCUGCCUCAGGGAUGAAAACCUGUGUCGAGCUUUUAGUAAAACAUGGAGGAGAUUUAUUUGCCGAGAAUGAAAAUAAAGAUACUCCUUGUGAUUGUGCUGAAAAGCAACACCACAAAGAUUUGGCUCUCAAUCUGGAAUCACAAAUGGUGUUCUCACGAGAUCCCGAAGCUGAAGAAAUAGAAGCUGAAUAUGCUGCAUUAGACAAACGAGAGCCAUAUGAAGGAUUACGGCCUCAGGACCUUCGUAGAUUGAAAGAUAUGCUUAUCGUGGAGACAGCAGACAUGCUUCAGGCUCCACUGUUUACUGCUGAAGCUUUACUUCGAGCUCAUGACUGGGACAGGGAGAAAUUACUUGAAGCUUGGAUGUCCAACCCAGAGAACUGCUGCCAACGAUCAGGUGUUCAGAUGCCAACUCCACCGCCAAGUGGAUAUAAUGCCUGGGACACACUCCCUUCCCCAAGAACUCCAAGGACUACACGUUCUUCUGUCACCUCUCCAGAUGAAAUAAGUUUGUCUCCUGGAGAUUUGGACACCAGUUUGUGUGACAUUUGUAUGUGCAGUAUUUCAGUAUUUGAAGACCCAGUGGAUAUGCCCUGUGGACAUGACUUUUGUAGAGGUUGUUGGGAGUCGUUUUUGAAUCUGAAAAUUCAAGAGGGUGAAGCUCACAACAUUUUCUGUCCUGCAUAUGAUUGCUUCCAACUUGUGCCUGUGGAUAUCAUAGAAAGUGUAGUUUCUAAGGAGAUGGACAAACGAUAUCUACAGUUUGAUAUUAAGGCCUUCGUUGAAAAUAAUCCUGCCAUUAAAUGGUGUCCUACUCCAGGUUGUGAAAGAGCAGUCAGACUUACAAAACAAGGGUCAAAUACAUCUGGGUCUGAUACACUCAGCUUUCCCUUGCUCAGAGCUCCUGCUGUGGACUGUGGAAAAGGACACCUCUUUUGCUGGGAGUGCCUUGGUGAAGCACAUGAGCCUUGUGACUGCCAAACAUGGAAAAAUUGGCUACAAAAAAUAACUGAAAUGAAACCAGAAGAACUUGUAGGAGUUAGUGAAGCUUAUGAGGAUGCUGCCAAUUGUCUCUGGCUGUUGACUAACUCUAAGCCUUGUGCUAACUGUAAGUCUCCGAUACAGAAGAAUGAGGGAUGCAAUCACAUGCAGUGUGCUAAGUGCAAGUAUGACUUUUGCUGGAUUUGCCUAGAAGAAUGGAAAAAGCAUAGUUCUUCCACAGGAGGUUAUUACAGAUGUACUCGCUAUGAAGUCAUUCAGCAUGUGGAGGAGCAAUCCAAGGAAAUGACUGUGGAGGCUGAGAAAAAACACAAACGAUUUCAGGAACUUGACAGAUUUAUGCACUAUUACACAAGAUUUAAAAACCAUGAGCAUAGCUAUCAGUUAGAACAACGCCUUCUUAAAACAGCCAAAGAAAAGAUGGAGCAAUUGAGUAGAGCUCUCAAAGAAACUGAAGGAGGCUGUCCAGAUACCACUUUCAUUGAAGAUGCAGUUCAUGUGCUCUUAAAAACUCGACGCAUUCUCAAGUGUUCUUAUCCAUAUGGAUUUUUCUUAGAACCUAAAAGCACAAAGAAAGAAAUUUUUGAACUCAUGCAAACAGACCUAGAAAUGGUCACCGAAGACCUUGCCCAAAAAGUCAAUAGGCCUUACCUUCGCACACCCCGCCACAAAAUCAUCAAGGCAGCGUGCCUUGUACAGCAGAAGAGACAAGAAUUCCUGGCAUCUGUGGCUCGGGGAGUUGCUCCUGCAGACUCACCAGAAGCUCCUAGGCGCAGCUUUGCUGGUGGAACAUGGGAUUGGGAAUAUUUAGGAUUUGCAUCACCUGAGGAAUAUGCUGAAUUUCAGUACCGGAGGAGGCACAGACAGCAGCGCCGUCGAGGAGAUGUGCACAGUCUGCUCAGUAGCCCUCCGGACCCUGAGGAGCCGAGUGAGAGCACUUUAGACAUCCCGGAUGGUGGCAGUGGCCGCAGGCCUGGUGCCUCGGUGGUGAGCUCCGCGUCUAUGAGCGUGCUGCAUAGCUCUUCCCUACGCGACUACACCCCUGCCAGUCGCUCUGAAAACCAGGACUCUCUUCAGGCUCUGAGUUCCUUGGAUGAAGAUGAUCCCAAUAUACUUCUUGCAAUACAGUUAUCACUGCAAGAAUCCGGGCUGGCCAUUGAUGAGGAAAAUAGAGACCUCCUCAGUAAUGAGGCAUCCUUAGGAGCUAUAGGCACCUCUUUACCUUCCAGGCUAGACUCGGUCCCCAGGAACACAGAUAGCCCUCGGGCAGCAUUGAGCAGCUCUGAGCUGUUGGAACUUGGUGACAGCCUCAUGAGAUUAGGAACAGAAAGUGACCCAUUUUCAACUGACACUCUGAGUUCACACCCUCUCAGUGAGGCAAGAAGUGAAUUCUAUCCCUCGUCCAGUGACCCCGACUCAGCUGGCCAGGACGCCAACAUCAAUGACAAUCUCCUUGGCAAUAUCAUGGCUUGGUUUCAUGACAUGAACCCUCAGAGUAUUGCCCUGAUUCCUCCAGCAGCUACAGAAAUCAGUGCAGAUUCUCAGCUUCCCUGUGUCAAAGAUGAGUCAGAAGGUGUAAGGGAUAUGGAACUCUUGCCACCAGAAGAAGAUUCAGUGUUUGAAGAUGUGAUCAGUGAAGGUAGAGGAACCCAAAUAGAAGAAGCAAAUCCUUUGGAAGAAAAUACUCUGGCUGGGGAGGCCACAUCUGUAGCUGGCAAUAGUGGUAAUGAGGCAGCCAACAAGGGGGAUGGUUCAGAUGUUUCAAGUCAAACACCUCAAACCUCCAGUGACUGGCUUGAACAAGUCCAUUUAGUGUGAACUGCAGACCUCUGGGCUCUAAAUGAGUCACAGGUACAGAUGGGAUUCUAGUGGAGGAUGCUUUAUAGAGACUUGACCAACUCAAUUCCAACUCCAUUUUAAACCACUGACAUUAGGUUGAAUAUGAAGGAGUUCCCUUGAACGGUAGCUUCAUGUCUGAUUUUAACCUUACGGAGAAUUUCUUGGGUAUUUAAUGGGAUAGCUUUUCCCUUUUGUACUGACAAGAAGAGUAAGAGAAACACAAAUGGAAUGAGUAGGCUAGAUUCCACAUUCUGAGAAAGUGCAGUCCUCUGUUUAGCCUAAGGUUGGCAAUACUUAAAUUGAACGUUUAAAUUAAAGGCUUACUCCCUAAGCCUUGGGUGGUUUUUCCUCUUUUAAAGAAAAAAGUUUUCUUCAUUUUAGAAGUUAUUUUGGACAGAUCUAAUAACAUUCGUUCCUCGGUCUGUUUGUGCUCUUCCAUCACCUUCUUCCUUUCUGUGUAAGCAGUAUGAACUGAGGUAUCCAAGGCUUCUCCUUAGUGCUACAUCUACCACAGUGUAGUUUCAUAGUCACAUGAAUCAAAGAUUUCUUGUCACGUCUAUUACAGUCCACUUGUGCCAAACCGACUCAUGCGCUAACAAGGCGUGUAGGCGUGCAGUGUCCUGGAGGGCUCCAGAGGAGUCUCGGCCUUCCCGGGAGUUAAAGGUGCCACUUGGUAGCAGUGAUAUUCCAGAAUUGAAUGGGCUUUUGUUGCCAUGGAGACUGCAUUUAAAUAAAUGUAGCCUGUAGCUUAAGUUAACUAAACCUAAUGCUGCUGUUAAAAACAGUUUAUUUUAAUAUUAAAAUACAGUUGAUUAGCAACAGCGGUGCUGUAUUUUAAGAGACACUUUAUUGGAAGUGCAAUCAUAGUUCUUUGUUUUCACACUUUUACAGUGCAUUCUAAUUACUAAUGGGUGCAAUUACUUUUAAUGGUAAGUGUUUUAUAAAAUAGAAAAAACCGUGGAGUUUUCAUGAGUUAUAGUACAUCCCACAAUUAUUAAAAAAUUCAAUAAAACAUCCUGCGCAACAUGUUACCGUGCCUUUGCCUAACUAAAUGGAUAGUUGCCAGUUAAAUAAGUGAGUAAUUCAAAUUUCAGUGUCUCUUCUGAAGUAACUAUGCUAUGAAUUGCAAAGACCUCCAUAAAACCACCCAUGGCCUUGCCUUUACAGUAAAUAUAACAACUAAAUGUUCAAACAGUUUGUUUGCCUAAUAGCAAAUGCUGAUGUGUUUGUUCUAUUGCACAAUACUCAUUUGCUGUGUGAUUACUGUUUAGUGUUGAAAAAAAUCAACUUCCUAGUUAUCAGUGUCUUACUGUGAAGAAAAUACUGGUCAUAGUUGUAAUUAAGAUACAAUGGUACAGUGUGUAAUUAAAACUAGAGUAAACUGUUGGAAUGGCUGUUUUACUUAUGUAUUAUCGAAACUAGCAUAAGACAAACAAAAUAGAUAUGCAACACUCCAUUUAAUGUUUUGCCAGAUUCUUACCAGAAAUCUACAGAUACCAAAAUUUCGGUACUGAACGUGUACAGGCAAGUCCUGGGCUGGGUAAAAGGUUAUAUUAUUAUUGAUAUCCAUGUGAGUUGUGAUUACGGUUUUUGAUUAAUUUUUUUUUCCUCUAGAACCUGCUUUUGAAAUUCUUGUCCUUCGAAUUCAUAUGGCUAGAACAUUAUAUUAGAAUACUUAAUAUUCCCCAGGUUCCCUUGGAAUAAAUUAUGUGUGAAUUGCUCCUGUGCCAUGGAUAUCAAAGGUCCACAUUAGCUUUUAUUUCCCCAGUUACCAGAAACAUUGAUAUCAAUCCCCAUUAAACUAUUGGGGAAAAUAUUAACUUUGUCUACAGUGUAUUACUGUAUAUUAAACUGAAACAGUCCAUUAAAGGAUUUUUUUACAAAUUUAUUUUGGAUUAAAUAUAAUCGACACCAAUCAGUUUUUAGACCAAGUUGUAAUUUUUCAAUAGGAAGAGUCUUUGUAUCACAUCGAGACGUCUUGCAAAGCUGCAAUAAGGUGAGAAAGAGUGGUCUGUGUGGAGACCUGUGGAGACAGUGUAUGUGAUGGGUUCCAGCUCCUUGCACCUUGUGCAGCACCCUUCGUUUCUGUGCUGUUAUCUCCGGAGCAUGAAAAAUGAUCAUUAUUCAAUUUGUAUUUCCUUGGUACAUAUUUUAAAAACAACACAGUCAUUGACUUUACAAUUCAGAAAUAAAGUUUGGCAAAGCCUAUUUUGUAAACAAGUUAAUUUUAUAAUGUUAAAAAAAAAAAUACUCUAACCUUGACUUGUUAUUUGCACUUUCAUAGUCUAUACUUGAUACAUUCCCACUUUAUAUACAGUAGGAUUCUACAAACGUGUAGAUGUUUGGCCAAAUGAAUGCUGUUAAUAAUAUGUAAAAUUCUUUGAUUAAACAUUUAUUACUUAAACCACUUCACUUUUGUCUCAUUACAUUAUAGACUUUGUUUUAACCAAGUCAGGAAGCUGAUUUUCUUCAAAUUAAAUUCCCUCCAAUAAAUGGGAUUAAUUUGGUUCUUAAAUGUAAUUGAUUAGUGCCUAAUAUUUUUUUACCCCCGCCCUCUUCCUCAGUAUUUUAUACCCCAAAGAUAAACUCUAGAACACUGCAUGACAAUGUGUUAAAACGUUGUGACUUCAGCACUCCUUUUAUUUGCAUCACUGCAGCUUUCAGGAGAAAAGUGUUACGAUUUUUCCUUGAACUCUCCCAAUAGAAACACAGAAAAAGAUAGAAUUUUAAGGUAUUUUGUGAAUAGAACAGGAAGAAUUUUGUAUGCCAUAUGCAUAGAAGCACCACCAUUUUAUUAUUCUGUCCCUUCUGAGUUACCAAAACAGCCCUGUGCAUCUGAACUUCAGAUUUCACGGAGUCUGCCAGUGAUAACCACUUAGUCAUGUCGUUGUAUUUAAUGCUUUUCAUUCUGUGGAUCUGAAACUUAACCGCUAAUGUCCAUCUGCUGAAUUAUUCUUCAGAUGUUGUUUACUGCAGCCACUGAUCUCAUUUUUGUUCUCCAUUUAGUCCUCAAAUAUUGUUGUUUACCUGUCAUGAAUUAAAACCUGAGACUUAACGGAAGUUUGCUUGUAAUCUUAAAAGUUAUAGUUAGUGUAUCUCUGAAGAGUAGAAUCUUGGAAUCUAAAUAACAGAUUUGGGGAGUAUUUCUUAAGGCUGAAAUAAAAACUCUCUAGGGAAAAAAAAUUGUCAUGUGCUCUGCACUGGAGCUGAAUGGUAUUAUCUCAGCAUUGGGCCAUCAGGAUAAUCACUGGGUCUUCUUCUUAGCAACAAUAUGUUACUGCCUUGUCACCCAUCACCCUCUCACCACAAUAGGUAGGUUUCUUUCUAGAAAAAUAGAAGUGGCUCUUUCUAGAUUACUGAGUGACCAUCAUUAUUUUUGGAAUGGGCAGUCAUCGUGGUUAUUAAAGAAAGAUGAACCAGAAAAAUUCUCUUUAGCUCUCUGUUCCACUUAGGACUGACAGGUGGCUGACAAACUGUGAGUGGUGGGCAAACUUUUGAAGGGCUUAUCCUUCAGUCUUUGAAACUGUAGCAUGAAGAUAUUCUAGAUUGAGCUGUAUGUCAUUUUGUAGCCAGCUAUUGCACAAGGGCCUAAAGUGCACAAGGCCUCAGUUUACAGAGAGCAUGAGAGAUACAUACAUGAAAGGAGGAACGACACAAUAUAGGAAAGGCUAAUUGUCAGACAAGACAGUCUAGUUCUCUUGCACCUCUUCUGCGCCCACACACUUUGCUGGGUGUCCCAAGACUGCAAGGCCUGACAGCCGUUUUGCCUGGGUAUUUCUCAGGAUUUAUGUAGUUAGUAACCUUGAGGACAGGGAGCAGGUAUGCUAUAAAAGCAGUAGAUUCCUCACCGUCAGUAUUUCUCAGUUGCAUGCUUGGCAUCCAUCUGGACCCAUUGGAACUAGGGACAAGGGGAACUGUCACAAACAUGCCAAUGUUCAUUCUGCAGGCUGUGUCAUGAGUGCUAAAUAAGAUCCUUGGCCUCUGACCCAAGAGUCUUGUCUUCUGUCCACAUCUAUGAUGCUAUGACAGGCCAGCUUACUUACGGGUUCUUACUGAUAGGGUAAAAUCAAAUCCCAGGCCUGACAGUUUUGGCAAUGGAGAUGGAAUGCUAACAGAGACGUGAUUUUUCUGGAAGGAACCAUGGGUCAGAUAUGGGAAUAUAAGACUCCCUGGAAUCUGUGUAUGCUCUCUCGAAGUGACAGAUGAGGGUUAAUGCAGAGAGGAAGGAUUCCCACUGUCCUGCUUAUUACUGAAUGGAAGUUGAGCCAGUGUUUAAAGGCUUUGCCAAAAAAGCAAGGACUGAAACAAGCUGGCCAAAUGGUGCCUUAGUGGUUGGUGACUCCUGCAGGCAGGCAGAGGAAGGAAUAUUUUCAUGACAAGGAAUCAGCAGUUCCUGUGACUAUCUGAAAGGCAGAUAUAGUUCCAGAGUCAAGGAUCCCCAAACAGAAAAUAAAUGGUAUCAGUGAUAAGAACCUUGCUUUUUGAUUGAGAGCUUUGGAUGGACCAAAAGUUUAAAAGUGCGUUUGGUUGGGCUGCAAGCAAUCGUGGCACUGUUCACAUGCGAAAGUGCACGCGGGGCAGGUGGCCCUCACAGCUGGCAAUGAUGACAAGGUGCUAAGUGCUGGAGUGACAGAGGUGCUGGGUGGGGGUGGAGAAGAAAGAAGCCCCUGAGCCCUGGUUCUCUCUGGAUGCUGACGGGCAUCACCCCUGCCAUGGAACAGUUAAGUUCCCUCCCCACAGGCUAGCGUCCCCCCACCUCCUCAUUUUUCCCCUCCUUCUUGGUUAGGGGAUAACAGGACCUGGGACCCAUAUGCCACCUGCUGUAGCUCCGGACCCACACAUUAUAUACUCCUCAGCUGGGAAAGGACGAGCUCCGCAGCAGAGAAGGUGGGCUUCCCUUGUGAGUGGGGCCCUGUGGGUGACUUAGUGUAAUGUCACAGCUUCCAAAUCUGAAUGUCUAUUGGAACUGAUGUGUUACAUGCCCAGAAGUACCCAUCUCAUAAUUUUCAUGGGAUUUCUCCCAUUCAAGGAUUGUCAUAUGUAGAGAAGUGACAGUGGGGCAUGUAAAUCACUCUCCAAUUAGCCUCCUUGUCCUCUCCUCUCCUGUGGUCCAGCGGAAACAAUAAAGAACCCAGGAGAAGAAAGAGAACACACUCCUUUGGUUAAAGUACUCGGGCCAUUUCCCAGCACAACAUUGCCACCUGUCUGAAGCAGGCACCAAGUACACCCAUUUUGUAGAAAUUUCGCUAUUAACUGCCUCCUAGACUCUCGUUGAAACUGAAUCCCUGACCCAUGGAGGCCUUGUGACUCACUGAUAGGACAACUCCAAUUUGGAGUGAGUCAACUGUACUUAGAAACUGUUAACCUGGGCCCAGCAGGCAUUGCAAGUCAAAUAGAAAUGUUAGAAGAGGUAUAUUUGAGAGUGCAGCUAGCCUGACCACAGCAGUAAGUAUCUCAAUUUACAUGAAAAAAAAUUAGAAGCUACCCCUUCAGGAGAUAUUUUGAGCCCAACUUGAAGCAAGGUCACUGGCUUAGUUGGGGGAGUUGAGGUCUCAGUUGACAGAAUGCCUGCGCUCCAUUCAAUUGCUUGGCAGCAAUUUCUACCAAGUCCCAGCAAAAUUUUCUUGUAAGCUAUAGAGAACACAAUUCUAAAAUUUAUAUGGAAAGGCAAAGGAACUAAAAUAGCUAAAAACUAUUUUGAAAAAAAUUAAGUGGGAAGAAUCGUUCUCAUUUUCAAGACUACAGUAGUCAAGACUGUGAUACUGGUGGAAGGAUAGACACAUAGAUCUACAGAAGAUGGAGAAACAAAAUCAGCCCCACACAGGUGUCAUCAAUUGAUUUUGACAAAGGUACAAAAAAUAAAUGAAGGAUAGUUUUUUCAACAAAUGAUGCUGGAAUAAUUGGUUUUAAAAUGGGCAAAAAUAUGAAUGACUACCUAAAUCUCACACUACAUAAAAUGUAAAAUGGAUCACAAAUUUAAAUGUAAAGAUAAAGCUUUCAGGAAGUAAAAAACAUAGUAGAAAAUCUUCAUGAUCCAGAUUAAGCAAAGAAUUCUACCACUUGAUACCAAAAGCAUGAUCCAUAAAAGAAAACAUUGAUAAAUUGGACUUCAUCAAAAUUUAGCACUUUGCAAAAGACCCUUGCAAAGGCGAAAAGCUCCAGACAGAAGAUUUGCAAACCACGAAUCUAGAAUAUAUAAAGAACCCUCAAAAUUCGACGGUACAAAGACAAUCCAGUCUAAAAUGGACAAAAAACAUGAAGAGACAUUUUCCCGAAGAAGAUAAUGUGACUAACAAAUGAGCACGUGAAAAAUUCAACGUCACUAUCCACCAGGAAAUACGAAUUUAAAAUCACAGUAAGACACGCCACGUGCCUAUAAAACAGGCUAAAAUAAAUAGCAUCAACACCAAAUGCUGGCAAGCACGCAGAGAAACUGGAUCACCUGGGCGCCACUAGUGGGAAUGUGAUGGCACAGCCACCCUGGAGGAGAGUUGGGUAGUUUCUUUUAAGAACCAACCGUCCACUUGUCAUAGGACCCAGCACUUGCACUCCUGGAGGGAAAGUGAAAAACAUGUCCACAGAAAAACUUGUACAUAAUUAUUCAUAGCAGCUUUAUUUGUAGAAACCAAAAACUGGAAUCCACUCAAUGUCCUCUGGUAGAGGAAUGGCGAACUGUGGUCUCUCAUUGCAGUGGAAUGCUACUCAGCUGCAAAAGGGGAAUGAGCAACUGACACGACGUGUGACGAGUGGGAUGGAUCUCAAAGGGGUUACGCUAAGUGAAGAAAGCCAAUCUCAAAAUGUCACCUACUGAAUGAUUCCACAUAUGUAAAUUUUUUGAAAUGACAAUAUAGAGAUGCCAAACAAAUGAGUGGCUAUCAGGGCUUAGGGAUGGUGGGGGUGGGGGUGUGGCUAUAAAGGGGUUGCACAAGGGACGUCUUUGUGGUGAUGGAAUAGUCUAUCUUGGUUACACUGUCUACAUGAAUCUACACGUGUGAUAAAAUGUGGAACUGCACAUACAUAUUGUACUAAUGUCAAUUUCCUGGUUCUGAUGUUGUAUCUUAUGUAAGAACCACUGGGGGAAACUGGGUAAUGAGUACACAGGGCCUUCCUACAUUUUCUUUGUAACUUCCUGUGAAUCUGUAAUUAUUUCACAAUAAAAAGUUAAAAAACAAA